AUCCAACGCUGUAUUGCUAAAUGAUGAGCUGGCUAGGUCUUGAAGAUUCUGGCUUAUUCCAAGGCGAUCGUAAAUCGACACGUUCGCCUCGGGUUGAUAGACCGAGCCAACCAGGUGUUAGUGCAGACAUCACUUCUUCGUAAGAACAUCACUUUGCAAUCUCACGCGGGGAGACACCAUCGUUCAUGCCACGAUGAGUGAUUCCGGGGCCAUUCUUAACGCGCAAUUUCAUGGUGGGCGUCUACUUCUUCCCAGACAGGAGCCACCUCCACCUCCGCCACAGGUGACGAAGCGAACACGAGCUACCAAGGCGUGUACAUCCUGUCGCAACCGAAAAACCAAGUGCACGGGAGAGCUACCUCGGUGCUUCGAGUGCAAGACAUGCGACCUGGAUUGCGCGUAUGAGCAAGGCCGGAGGGACCGGUUGAAGGAUGUUUUAGAGCACAAGCGACUCCUUGUCGCGCUCUUGAAAGAUCUUAGACAAAACGUCUACGCUGACCAGAGGAAAAUGAUCGAAGAUGCACUUGACGCGGUGAGUUUCUCCUCAUCUUAUCGUAUUCACCUCUAAGCAGACUAAGGUUGACGAGGACUACCCCCAUCUGCCACCGCCAAUAUCUCUAGAAGCAGUCUAUCAACAGCCAGCUACGGAUACAAGCGCGAACCAAACCUUUGGUUUACCAACCCACCUACAGAUCAACAGUUCAG